GUGAAAAAGGCAAGCAGCAGUUGAACUGCAGUGCUGCAAAACGGAAGACCGCCGCAUCGUCCUUAGCUACAUGGAACAAGAUGGCGGAGCUGACAAUAUUGUGGUCGGCGAGCACGAUUUCAUAACUCUUGCUCAGCCGAGGCCUGGGGCUGCGAGAAGACUUAACGAGUACAUUGAGACGCCGCUGCGGCCGCAAUUGCCGCAGCAGCCCGCAGCCAAAGCCCGUUUGAAGAAGGAUGCGGCCCGCAGCGCCGUUACUACCCAGCCGACCCUUGCCGCCAAACCCGCGAAGUCGGCGGCGUCUCUUGCGUUGCCGGACCCUGCCGGACACGGAGACUCUAUCAUCUGUCGCCAGUGCCACCGUUGCAAAUGCGAAGCCUGUCGAGGGCCCCGGGCCCUUCCGGCCCGCUGGAUAUGCCACGACAAGUGCCUGUGCUCGGCCGCCAACGUCGUGGAUUACUGUUCGUGCAUGUGCUGCGUGCGCGGGCUCUUCUAUCACUACGCUAAGGAUUCAGAAAUGGACUCUGACGUCUCGUGCGCCGACCAACCGUGCUCCUGUGCGCCCCACAAGCGCCUGCUCAGGUGGGGCUGCCUAGGCCUGCUAGCCCUGCCUCUGCCUUGCCUGUGCUGCUACUGGCCCCUGCGCGGAUGCCUCAAGGCCGGCGAGGCCUGCUAUUCCAAGUGCACAGGCCACGGCUGUCGGUGCGCGGCCCCGCAACACAGGACUGAGCAGACCCCGGAGAAAAGACUGCUCGAUUCCAACUCGGACUGUUGA